UCCGGCAGUUGUUGUUCUCUGGGCUCUUGUUGGGUCUCGGUUCGUCCUUUUCCACCUCCCCUGGCGGGUGAGGUUACCGCCGAGGAGCUGGAGCGUCCAAGUGGAGACCCUGAGACCCUGGGAGCGAGAUGGACAUCCUGAAAUCCGAGAUUCUGCGGAAGCGGCAGCUGGUGGAGGACAGGAACCUGCUGGUGGAAAAUAAAAAGUACUUCAAGCGGAGUGAACUGGCAAAAAAGGAAGAGGAAGCAUAUUAUGAAAGAUGUGGCUACAAGCCUGUGAGUGAGAAGCCUUCUGGAGAGAUACAACCAAAAGAGGAGGACCAGAAACCACUAACAUCGUCAAAUCCAGUGCUGGAACUGGAACUAGCAGAGGAAAAACUUCCUAUGACUCUUUCUCGGCAAGAGGUCAUCAGAAGACUGAGAGAAAGAGGAGAGCCGAUCCGACUGUUUGGGGAGACGGACUAUGAUGCUUUCCAACGGUUAAGGAAGAUAGAGAUCCUUACACCAGAAGUUAACAAGGGCUUAAGGAAUGAUCUGAAAGCGGCUUUGGACAAGAUUGACCAGCAGUAUUUGAAUGAAAUUGUGGGUGGUCAGGAACCUGGAGAGGAGGACACACAGAAUGACCUGAAAGUUCACGAGGAAAACACCACCAUUGAAGAGUUAGAGGCACUGGGAGAGUCCUUAGGGAAAGGUGAUGAUCAUAAGGACAUGGACAUCAUCACCAAGUUCCUGAAGUUUCUUCUUGGUGUUUGGGCUAAAGAACUGAAUGCCAGAGAGGACUACGUGAAACGCAGCGUGCAGGGCAAACUGAACAGUGCUACCCAGAAGCAGACCGAGUCCUACCUCAGACCGCUUUUCAGAAAGCUCCGGAAAAGGAAUCUUCCUGCUGAUAUUAAAGAAUCAAUAACAGAUAUUAUUAAGUUCAUGUUGCAGAGAGAGUACGUGAAGGCGAAUGAUGCUUACCUUCAGAUGGCCAUUGGCAACGCCCCCUGGCCUAUCGGUGUCACCAUGGUUGGUAUCCAUGCCAGAACUGGCAGGGAGAAGAUCUUUUCCAAGCAUGUUGCACAUGUUUUAAAUGAUGAAACCCAACGGAAGUACAUUCAGGGACUGAAGAGGUUAAUGACGAUUUGUCAGAAGCACUUUCCUACAGACCCAUCAAAAUGUGUGGAAUAUAAUGCACUAUGAGAUCUGCACACAGUGUGUGUGUGUCAGGAAGCCUCCGCUCGCAGCACGAAGAUUCUGGCCUUACCACAGCUACAAGGGAAGAGUUCCACAGUGGGGUUCUACCUGGUGCAAUUCUUGUUGACUUUUAAGAACUGUGUUGGCUUUCACAUGGUACUGGACUGCAAACUAAUUUUUGUGUCUUGAUUUCAUUUUUAAUGAGUUGAAAAAUUAAGUUGUAAAGCUAUUAUCCGUGUUUAAGUGUGUAUACACCCACCACGUAGGAAAAGGGGUUGGAGAUAACCAUUGUCAAGAUCCCAAUGUGUCAUUGAUACUUAGGAACAUUUGAAGGUGGCUUUGAACUUCCUGUAAAUUAUUGUGAUUUGCACAUUUUUCUAUGUGGUAUUUAUAGAAAAUAUUUUUUGUAUUUGAACAAAAGUGUGGGACCAUUGAAUACCCCUUUAAGUUUUUACAUGGUCUUGGACUUUGUGCCAUCUUGCAAUAGAGUGUAGGUAAUGUUACUAUUAAGUGUUAUUUUUCUUGUGUUUCACACUUGUUUUCUUUCUAAGCAGAGUAUGUUUGUCACCUUUCUGGACAGACAAAUUAAUAGGAGAUAGAAGGUCGAAAGAUGGCUGUUAUACCAGCAUAAGUUCAGAACACCAGCAUAUCAAGGACAGGGCGAGGAAGUGGCCGUGGAGCCAGCUGAGAGUGGCAGCCUCAGGACUGGAUGCUGGGGAGUUGUGGCGUUCCUGACUUCCCUGUGCUCACUCUGUCCUCACUUGCCUCACAAACUGAGGACUUGCUCUAGGGCUUACAGAAUGGAGCUUUGAUCACCAUGACCACUCAGUGUGGCAAUGCUGAGGUCUGGACUAGUUCACUGAUGUGUGCAGAUGGGUUGGGUGUGGUGUCAGAAGGAAGAGGGAGUGGCCAACCCAGGACUGACAGCUUCUCAGCGCCAUGCCAUGCUCUGUCUAACUACAGCUUUGGGCAAGUGGUCCAUCUUGCUGAGCCAUGCCAUGCUCUGUCUAACUACAGCUUUGGGCAAGUGGUCCAUCUUGCUGAGCCUUGGCUUCUUUAUCUGACAGUGAUGAUAAGAAUCCAUGCCUCACAUCGAUAUUGUGUAAGUAAGGUGCCAAGCCUGCUGCCUGGCAGAUGAUAAGAGAUCUUUAUUACUGCUUAUUACAGUGUAGACCAAGGGCCUUCAUGGGAUAGUAUGUACUCAUGUAACAACAACAACAACAACAACAACAACAACAACUGUAUUAGCAGCAAUAGUCAAUGAAGGAAUCAUUUUUAGGUUUUUUCCCCCGUCUUUACUUUCAGUCAGGUCCAAGUUUAGUAGCGCAGAGAACAGGGCCUGGGGGCUGCAGGGGGUGGCUCAGAUCCACAGUUGCUUAUGCUGGACCCCCUUGAGAAAGAGUGAAAGCCACUUUGGGCUACUUAGGGUCCAACACAUGCAUAGAUAGGAUAGCUUCUGCCAGUCACUUGCAGGGUGGUGGUGGUCUUGGGUUGAAUCGGUGUCACUUGCACUGCAGCUGAAGCCUUUUCUUAAGAUUAAGUCAGGGAUAACUUGGGGCUUAAUUUGACAAAGAAGAAAUUUUCAUGAGAUGUGCAGCAAAUUCCUACUGAGACGUGUGGUUUGGUUAUGAAAGUCUUCUCUAUAAAUACUAUCAGAAAUGCCCAAAUCACUCAUUCUUCAUUCUCUGUUAGGCCACACAGCAUGGUAAAUCAUUUUAUGUUGUUUUCUUUUCUUUUGUUAAUAUUCCACAUAAAGAGGCUGGAGAAAUGGCUCAGCAGUUAAGAGC